ACUCGACCUCAUUCUGGAAGCCUGCCAAGAAAACGGCGUUCAGUUCAUGGAUGCUACCAUGUGGGUGCAUAAUCCUCGCACUGCUAAGAUGAGACAGUUCCUCGACGAUCCCCUGCGUUUUGGUCAGCUUAAGACGGUACAUAGCUUCUUCACAUUCGCGGUAAAACCGGAUUUCCUGAAAAACGAUAUCCGAGUGAAGCCAGAUCUUGAUGGUCUCGGUGCUCUUGGAGACAUCGGUUGGUACUGUACGAGGGCUGUUCUAUGGACGACAAACUUUGAGCUUCCUAAAACAGUCAUAGCCUCGAAGAAACCUGUUAUCAAUGAAGCAGGCGUGAUCAUAGCUUGCGGAGCUUCGUUGUAUUGGGAAGACGGGAAAGUGGCUAGCUUCUACUGUUCAUUCCUGUCCAAUUUGACAUCGGACAUAACUGCACUCGGAACGAAAGGUAAUUUGCAUGUGAAUGACUUUGUGAUUCCCUUUGAAGAGGAGAAGGCUUCAUUUACGGUUGUGUCGGGAAGUGGAUUUAAGGAGUUAAUGACGGGAUGUGAGCCGGUUCCUAGCGAGCAUAUUGUCACGACCGGGCUUCCGCAGGAAGUGCGUAUGGUGUGUGAGAUCUCUCGGUUGGUUGCGGCUGUGAAAAACGGUUCGAAGCCUGAGAAGAAAUGGCCGAUUUACAGUAGGAAGACUCAGCUGGUUCUUGAUGCUAUUAAAGCUUCCAUUGAGAGUGGCUUUGAGGAGGUUGAAGUUGGUAAUUGA